AUGUAUUGGCGUGGAGUUAUGGCUGGCCAAAUUGGUCAUGGUAUCAUGGAGGAAGAUGUUUGGAGAAAAGGACCAUGGACUUCUGAAGAAGAUAGGUUGCUUAUUGAGUAUGUUAGGCUGCAUGGCGAAGGUAGAUGGAACUGCGUUGCUAGACUUACAGGAUUGAAAAGGAAUGGAAAGAGUUGCAGAUUGAGAUGGGUGAAUUAUCUUAGACCAGAUCUCAAAAGGGGUCAAAUAACACCACAAGAAGAGAACAUAAUUCUAGAGCUGCAUGCUAGGUGGGGAAACAGGUGGUCAACAAUUGCAAGAAGCUUACCGGGAAGAACAGACAACGAGAUAAAGAAUUACUGGAGGACUCAUUUCAAGAAAAAGGCAAAAAAUCCAUCCGAUGCAGCCGAAAAGGCGAAAAACCGAAUCCUUAGGAAGCAGUUAUUUCAUCAGCAGCAACAACAAUUAAAUUAUCAGCAGCAGCAACAACUGCAAUUCAACAUGGACAUGAAAGGUCUCAUGUCCUUGUUUGAGGAAAAUAAUAAUAAUAAUAGUAAUAACCAUAGACAAGAAAUGUUCAACAAUAUGUGUCAAAACACAACAGAAGAACAACAAGGAAACUUUAUGGUCAAUGGAAACUAUUGUGUUCCAGAUUCUUCAGCAGAUGAUAAUUUGUGGGAUGGUCUGUGGAAUUUGGAUGAAGUUCAUGGAAAUUUCAGUAACAAAACUGGUUUAUAUAAUUUAGUUGCUCCUUAUUGUUAG